CUUUUUAUAUAGAACAAACAAAAAAUGAACAGCAAAAACAGGUAGCAAAAUAUUUAAGUAAUUCUUAGCGAACAAACAAAUAAGUAGGCUACUGAUGCAAGCUUUUAAAAGGCUAAAAAAAUAUUAGAAUAAUCAGGUCAAAUACCUCUCUAUCUUUCAAACAGCUCGUUUAAGUUUGACUAAUUAGAGCAAGAUACUGAUUGUGUUGAGAAUUACCAAAAUUAGAGAAACUUAGAAAACUAAAAGUAAAAUAAAAUUUCUCACACUUCAAAAACAGAGAAAUUCAACUAAAUUUUUGAAGACAUUCAUUAAUAAUAAUCUCAAAAUAAAGAAUUGAAAUUAGAUAUACAAGUAGAAUAGCGUUAAAAAAGAUAAUAACAAGCUAGUUAUUAGUCAUCAUAAUCGCCUUCUCAAACAGAAAACUAAAAUGAUCAUGUUUUAUGCAAAAACAGGUAGUUCUUUACUUAGUCUAAGCAGGAAUAUAAAAUUGGAAAUUAAAUUGACAUUCAAGAUUAGAUUGGAGUUGUUUCAAACAAACAAGAAAGAGUUAACAGCACAAAAAAGUCUUAUGACAACCUAUUUGGUAUUUUAAAUCCGCCUGCAUAAUAUAAAACUGAAGAAAAUGUGAUUUCUCUUAGAUAGCAUCAAAAAAACAUAGAAAAGCUUCAUAGUCUCAAUUCAAUAAACAUUCAAGAAAAGAACAUUACAAAUAAAACAGAAAAUAGGUAGUAAACAUUUGCUUCUUCUGAAAAUGAAAAUGAAAACGAAAAUGAUUCAAAUGAAAAAGAAGAUGAUUUUAAUUAAGAUUUUUAUAUGAAACAUAUUAUUCAAAUAAAUUCUAAUGAAGAAUAAAGCACAUAUCUUCAUAAUAAUAUCUGCGAUAUUACAACGAUCACCAACUCAGUCUAAGUUAAUAACGAAGAAUUUAAAAUUUCAAAUAACACUUCUCACUAAAAAAUGAGAGCUCCUAUUGAAUCUUCAGAUAACAGUUUCGAAAUCGAUAUGAAUAAAAAGUAAAAAAUAUAGCUCAAAAAUGUCCUCUCCAAACAAAUAGAAAAGGAAAAAAAUUUAGAUCUUUUAUAAAAAAACAAAAACAUUGACCCUAAAUCUAAUCUAUCAAAAAUUAUUCAAGACAAAGAGCAAGAAUUAAUUGAUUUGAGAGAACGCAAGAGAAUGAUAGAAGAAUAAAACAGUAAAAAUUAAUCUUAUAUUAGUUAUGAAGAGCACUCUAAAUAAAUAAAAGAGCUAUAAUAAGAAGUAGUUGAAAAGGAAAAUAUUAUAAAAGAGCUAUAAGAACAAAUAAAGAAUUUUCAAUUAAAAAACAACUCUAACGAAAGUAAGGAAAAAGGUAAUAGUGAAAAUCUGCUUUAAGAAUUAAAGGAAAGAGAUCAAAUAAUAUUCAAUCUUUAAAAAGAGCUGAAAGAAAAAUUGUGUGAUUAAGAAAGUUAUAAAGAUAAAAUAAAAUUUUAUCAUGAAUAAUAAGUUAAACAGCAAACAAAUGACAUAUUAAUUUGCUAACUAAACUCAACUAUAAAGUAGUAGCAAUAUUAAAUAGACAAAUUUGACAUUAUUCAGAAAUAAAAAGAUGACACUAUCGUUUAGCUUGAGAGCUAGUUUGCUUAAAUUAAGUAACAAUUUAGAGUAACUUAAGAGGAUCUUUCAAAAUUCAGAAAUGAAAAUUAAGAUCUUAAAUUAAAAUUAAAAGACUUAGAAAGAGAAAAUGAGCUUUCAUUAAAAUAGUUAAGUGAACUUAGAGCUAAUUGUGACCAACUUUCAACUGAAAAUAAUAAAGUCAAAGAGUAAUAUAUAAAAAAAAUGUAAUAAAUGAGUAGUUCCUAAGAAUAAAAGUUUUUUAAUGAACUUGAGCACAAAAUAGGAUAGGCAUUUACUUAUUAAUUUACAGAUAAAAACUAUACUCUUGGAAAUGAGCAAACUUAAAAUUAGCUAAAAAAAAUUAAUUAAGAUAUAAACUAAAAUAAUGAAUUAACCUAAGAAUACUUGACAAAUGAGACUUAAACAAAUACAAAAUUUAUUGAAAAAAAUUUAACAGAAUUAAGAAGAAAUUCUUUAAACAAGUAGAUUGAGAAUUUUUAGAUUCCUGAGCAAAACCAAAUAGAAUAAAAGCUAAACAAAAGUUAAUUAAAUAAUUCAGCUCUUAAUUUAAGCAGCGAAUAAUUUGAUUAAUCUUAAAUCUCUCCAUAAAAUUAAUAAGUUGUGCUAGAUAACAGGCUAAAAGAAAGAACUUCUUCUUAAGAAAGUGGGAUUCAACGAUUUUUGAAUUCUUCUUAGAUAAAUUUAUUUAGCUUUAAAAAUACUCUCAAUCCAAAUGAUUAUAAUGGUCUUUCAAUAGCAAGUGAAGUUUAAUAAAACCCGAGAAAUUAUAGAUCUAACUCCUCUUAUGAUGGUUUUGCUCGUGCUUCAUCUAGUUAAGCUAAUUACAAUACUUUAAAUUAUAAUUAACAAUAUCAACAACCUCAAUAGUAGUAACCAUCUAAUUGUUUUUUAUAGAGCCAAGUUAGUUAUUAGCCUUGCAUUAGCUAAUAGCAAGCAUAAUAAAUAAUUAACCAGCCUAAAAGAUUUAAUAAUAAUAAUAAUUAUAAUGAAAAUAAUUUAAAUAGUAGUGUUAAUUACAAUCACUAAUCAGAAUUAGAAAAUUAAUAAGUUUUACAGGAAAGGAAUAUUUUAAAUUAGUUUAAUUAUUAAGCUUAAGAUAAAUUUGGUAGAAAGAAUAGCGAUACAUCAUAUUUUAACAAAAAUCAAAAAAUAAUGUAAAAGCAAUACAUUCCAUCAACAUUAUACUCUUAAAAAUUAAAUUCUAACAAAGAAAAUAGCUACUAACUUCUAAAUUAAACAUAUGAUUAUUUAACGAAUGUUAGGAGCUCUUCACCUUUAAACACAUCUGUUAAUAAUAUAAAAAAUACUAUAAAUUAAUAAAAUUAUUAUUCUACUAAUGAAAAACCAAUUUAAAAUAAUAUUGGAAAACUUAGAUAUGCUAUUCCUAGUACAAUUAACCAUAAUAACCACUAACUUCCAUUAACUAGCUUUUGCAAGUAAUUUAAAUGA